ACCACAGUGUAUGGCAAGCCUGACUGCAGGCUGUACUGUGGUCGAGACCGGGGGAAGAGAGGUGGAGGGAGGGGGGAGGGGGGAGGAGCAGCACAGUGGACAGAGGAGUGGUAGUGCUAGAGGUGAGCUUGAGGAGAUGGAGAGAGGCACAGUCUGUGGGAGAGCAGAGUCCGGGAGUGUAGAAUUGGCGCAGCCGCGUGUUCCAGAGCCUCUGUGUGUGUCGGUCCUUGUGCUGGAUUUGAAUCACACGAGUGGCGAGAAUUUGGCCCCUUUCGGCCGUAGAAGUGCUCAGGAGCAUUUGCAAUUUUUGCUGGAGAGCAGAGCAUUUUAGAAUUUUCCGAAUUUUCUGCUCAGCAUUUGGGUUGGUAUAUUUUUUCCCCGAUUUUUCGGGUAUUUUUGGUUCCGGGAGGGGUGGGGAUUGCCAGUUUGGCUUUUUUGCGAGUCCUUUCUGAGCUGAGGAUUCAUUAGUUCUUUGUUGUGUCCAUGAAGUCUGUGGGAAGUGAGGGAGAGGCGAGAGGAGGCUGGUAGCAAGCAAGCCAAGCAGCCUGCCUGCCUGCCAGCCGGCGCUUGUACAAGCAGAGCGUAGAAUCUGUGAUCUGAGCUCUGGUGUAUGUUGAGCAUGAUGCGCUAGUGGACCCAGAGGUGCAUUAAUUACAACUCUGCUUGCCCAAGGUGCCCCGGUGUGCCUUCAUUCGGUGCCUGGGAUCGUAGACUAAGCUGGUCCAAUGCUUCUUUGAUCAGCCGAGGAGAUAUAUACGAAAGCAAAGGUUUAUAUGGUGACAAAGUUCACCACCGAUCGGAAGCUGAAAUUUCUGCAGCUCAGACAUGGAGGCUGAGAUUUUCAAAUGUUCCCUAUAGCUGAGCCUGAACUCUUCCCGAGUUGGAGGCCGCCAUGUAGAUCACAAGUCUUCCUUUUCAGUGUCAGUGACACAAGUCGUGUUUAGCCCUCGGCUUCCUGGGAUUGGCGUAGCAAGGAGUCACUUUUACACCGGAACAUCAACUCUCAAUAUGCCGAAACCUAUUUUACUAGCUGUCACCCGACCUUCCCGAGUUUUUAGGGUGUCCUUGCCAAAAAACUGGCCGGCCUUUGCUCAAGACGUAUCACCUCGCAGAUGAGACCUUGUUUUGUCGUGGAACAAUGCGGCAUCGAUGCUUGAGCCUAAGCUGGGUCGUAGGUAUGAAGUGAAGGUGAUGAUCGAAGGGUCCACGAAGGAGUUUUGUCAUCGCAAGGUGUACUUGUCUCAAUUCCAGUCAUUGAACAAGAGAUUUUUUUCCCAAUUCGGAGAUUUGGGUGUAAGAGGGUCGUGGGAGCGAAGCGAAGCUGUUUCUGUCCUGUCGCAGAAAAAACCUUAUGUGGUGCAGCGGUGGAGCUCUGAAUACAAACGGAAAGAUCUUAAAUGAUUCCAGGCUGGAGAUCAAAUAUUUACUUCUAGUUAUUUCUCUGGACCAGAUCGAACCGUCUUUGUAAAUAUACGCAAGAUGCAUGUUUAAGUAGGCAAUAUGAAAGUAGCUUUGAGAUACUCCAGCUCCAAUGUUGAGGUGCUCAUAGAUCAACGACGAAGACGAGGAAGUUGAAUGAGAUCGGGAGCCAAAAACUGCGGGUGCGAAGGCGGAAGCGACCAAGGGGGAUGGGGAGCGAAUAUCUUCGUGCAAUGUACCUUGAUAAUUUCCAGGAAAGACGAAAGGAAAAUUCUCAUAACCUAGAGCGUCACCAGUGUCCAGCCCGGUUUUUGGAGCUCAAAAACAUCGAAGGCUCGGAAAAGUCUGCUCGAGCUUUGGAUUUUGGUGCACACAUAGCAAUUAGAAGAAACAGAGGCCGAGGAAAGCCCAGAGACAUCUGAUCGAUCUUAGGAGUGACACCAAGGUCCAGCUCGAUAGAUUUCUGGCCAAGAAUGAAGAGGAAGAGAGUAGAAGAAGCUCCAAUGACGCUUGUCAAGCGAAAUUUCUCCGAUCAUGAACAGGGAAUGAUGGCUGAGCCCCAGUUGAGUCGUCCCGAGACUGACGGGCCUAAGACUCACAAGCAAAACGGCGUAGCGUUUCUCAAGAUGGUGAAGGAAACCUUGAAGGAUGAAGUGGAGAGAUAUGAUGCAUUUGUCAAAUCAAUGCAAAGCUUUAAAAGAGGAUUAAUAAGUACGAGGGAAGUAAUCAAGAGAGUCAAGGGCCUGUUCAAGAAUCAUCCAAGUUUGAUUCUCGGUUUCAACAUUUUUUUGCGACCUAGCGACCGUAUCGAGGUACCGGCUGAAGACGAGGUGGAUGUGGAGAAGCUGAAGGUCGCGUUAAGAUUUGUGAACAAGGUGAAAGUUCGUUUCACAAAUGAAGGUGGACACGUAUAUAGAAGUUUUCUUGGGAUUUUAAGAGCUUUUAAAUUUGGCAUGUCAGUGAAGGAAGUCCACGAAAAUGUCAUAUCCUUGUUUCGGGGCCAUGAAGAUUUGCUGGUUGAAUUUCGAGAUUUUCUUCCCACUCGUUCUCUUCGCAACUGGGUGUCAUUAGUUGCAUCUGUUGUUCAAAGGUCGAAAGUUGCUCCGCUUCCUUCCUGCUUUCAUGAAGGACCAGAGAGUUCUCAUCGGGAACCAGAACAUGCGCAGGAGGAAGCUCCUGUUCAUCCCCCUCCUCGGGAGAACAGCAAGUGGAAGGCUGGAGCGCAGGAACAGGGCACGGAGUCUGCAGCGGACCGUCGAGUGUCAGAUAAGGAGGCAGUUGAUGCGGUUAAAGAUUCGACAAGAGCUGCAGCUGAGGUUGUGAAAGAUGUCAAAAAACGAAGAUGUGACACCUCUAUUAGUUGUGAAAGCAACGGACUGAAUGUCGGAGGGCAGGGCCAGGUUCGACGCCUAAGGAGGCGAAAGGGACCAAUACUUGCAGUUCCAGAAACAGCUGUCCCGCAUGCUCAGAAACGAAGAAGGCAGUGCAAAGAAUCGGGAACUAGUGAAGCAGCACAACUUGCCUUCUUUGAGACUGUAAGCAAAGAGCUCGAAGGUAGCAGCGUGUACAAGGAAUUUAUGCAGUGCAUGAAUCUCUGCCGGCUGCAAAUUAUCACCACCUCUCAGCUCCAGGUCCUCGUGAACAAUGUACUGGAUGAACAUCCCCACCUCCAAAAGGCUUUCCACAGUAGUUUCCCAAGCCAUAGAAGGGACCCCUUCUCUAUUCUCAACCAAUGGCAAACUUGCACACCAAGCUAUAGACUGCAUGAUAAUACUUUGUCAGAGAAGGCAUCGACCUCCUCAGAGUCGACGUCGCAAGCUGAUGAUGAUAGCUUGGGUCCUUAUAGUACCCGAGGAGUGUUGAAUGACACUUGGAUCACACUUACUACGGGUGGUAACGCAUUCACUUCACAGGAAAGCAAUAGGUACGAGGAGAUCCUUUUCCGUUGCGAAGAUGAUCAAUACGAGCUAGACAUGCUAAUUGAGACAACUAUAAGCACAGCUGGUAAAUUGUCAGAGUGUAUUGAAAUUCUUAAAGACCCAUCACAUCCGACUUUCGACCUGGAGGAACAUCUGUCCCCCCUCCACUUGAGAUGUAUUGAAAGAAUAUACUGUCCGGUCUUUGCAAGUUUACUCUCUCAUGCACGGGCCAAUCCUGCGACAACUCUUCCAGUCAUACUUGGUCGCUUAGAGCAAAGGUUAGAAGACUGGAAGAGUGCCCGGCCAAAGCUAAACAAGGUGUGGGCUCAAGUCCGUGCUGCUAAUCACAGCAAGUCCCUCGUUUAUGAGAGUGAGAUAGAAUAUCCUGAAAAGGAUGAAGGAGAGUCGAUUACGGAUGGUGAGUGAAAAGUGGAGGUUAUCCAGGUUUGAUCAGAGACCCACAUGAAUCUGUAUGAAAUGGUCACAGGAUAGGUAGUAGAAAGUAGGACUAGCUAGGAGCGGGAGACUGAUUAGGUUACUCAGAUGCAUAGACACUUUCACGUACAGAAACAAAUACUGUAAUGCAGAUCAGCUCUGAAAAGAAUUUCGAGUGACUGCCAAAGCAAUAGAUGACACAAUUUUGCACUCGUAGAUAAGUUACGU